AUGCGAAUCCGCUAUCCUUUUGCGGGCGCCUUUGUCUUCCUCCUCAUCCUGGCCGCCUACAUCGGCCUCCUCCCCCACAGCGACUCGUCCAGCAUACCGUUCCAGCUGCAACCGAAUGACAAAUUCCUGCAUGUCGUGACCUUCUUCCUCCUGUCGCUCGUCUUCUACUGGAUCCCCGACACCUCGCGCCGCCGCACCCUGCACCUAACCCUCGUCGUGUGCACCCUCAUCCUGGGCAUCGGCUCCGAGAUCGUCCAGGGCCUGCUCCCCAACGGCCGCACCUUCGACCCCUUCGACCUCCUCGCCAACAUCGUCGGCAGCCUGGGCGCCGUCGGCCUGUGCAGCUGGUACCAUCGCCGCAUGCUCGACCGGCGCCGCAAGGCCCGCUUCGGCAGCCUGGGCGGCGGCGACGGCGCCGACGACGACGUGGAGCUGGGGCUUGCCGGCAGCGGCGGCCACCACCUCGAUGACGACCAUGACGGCCUCGGCCCGCAGGAGACCGGCGUCCUGAACCUGGAGCAGGAGGUGGACAACUGGGACGAGAACGCCGUGGACAAUUGGGACACGGAAGAUGGGCCGGACGAGCUAGGCGGGACCGCCGGGUCUUCGCCCGGGGAGGCCGGGGAUGGGAAGAAGCGGAGUGAUUGAUUUUUUUUGAUCGCUGGAAAAUUGAUUGAUUGGGAUGGGUCGGUUGGCUGAACUGAUUGACCAUACAAUUGUGUGAUAUCUCUUCCUUUCAACUUUACCAAUCGAUCGAUCAGUCUCCCCCAACUAUCUCUUCCCAACCCAAAUCCAACCCUCGUGCCGGUAGGGUCUGCAACCUGCAACUGGAACCUUCAC